AUGGAAGAAACCCAACCAACGAGCACUGCUCUUUCCACUGAAAUAGCUACAAGUGCGAUGUCAAAGUACUCAUGUCUCAUUGAUAUUCCUCUUUCCUAUAGAGUCAUUGAUUCCCUUACCUCUCUAUUCAACUAUUUUGACAUCUAUGCUCCAAGGAUGCACUUCUUUCAUGUUAUAGUAACAGUAUUUAGAUUUUUCCAGUUGAUGGGAGGUGCCUUCAUGGCAGGAAACACAAGCUCAUUCGCAAAGGGUACACUCAGCUACUCUGCAGUGAGCAUUCUAACCAUUUUCUUCCAUGUUGUACCUUUAGAAUACAGAUACGGUAAUGCGGUUUACAUUCUCUAUGCCUUCAACGGAUUUUUGAUACUCAAUGGAAUUUAUUUACUAAUUACUGCUUUUGUAUACAAAUCUACAUCCAAGGUUCCAAGAGUAUCAUGUAUUCUGCUUUCAAUAUUCAUGGCUUUUGGUCCUUUCCUAUGCCUUCCGAUCAUUGCAUAA